AUGUCGUGGGGGCCCAGCAGGACAUCUGGAGAAUCUUCCUCACCUCCUAAGCCUCAGCGUUCAGUUUCGCCUUUGCAGCGGAGUGAAGUUGCUGGCCGUGUGGCGAAAACAGCUGCAGUGGUCAAUGCAAUGAAGCGCUCGGUUUCGCCUUUGUCGCGUGCGACGAGCUCGGCACAAGCCAUUGGCCGUGCAGUGAAAGCGGCUGCAGCAGCAAAUGCCAUUGCACGCUCAGCUUCUCCAAGAUCUGCGUUAGUCGGUGACUGGACCGAUCCCAAGAAGCUCAAGGAGAUAGCGAAAGAUUUGCAACGGCAGCUGCAACGCAAGGAGUCCGAUGCUUUGCGCCUGAAUGACAGGGUCCAGAAACUUGUUGCUUUGAGGGACGAACAGUUGAUCGAAAGUCAAGCUGAACGGAAGCGCCUGCACUAUGCCCUCGAGCAGGAAGAAGUGGAGGUACAACGGUUGAAAGGGAAAAGCUCUGAACUCGAAGCUUUAGCUGCUGAAAUGGCUGCCCGACGGGUCGAUCAGCAGGAGCUACAGAUGCGAAUGCACUGCAAGGACUGCGCCGAAGAACGGCGGCAGAAAGCCGAGCUCAUGGCCGACUGUCAGAGGUUACGCACUGAGGUCAUGGAGUUUGACGCAAUGAAGAUCCAAAUGCAACGCCUGCGGUCAAAUCAGGACCGCAUGAGGGACCAGCUGGUGGAUGACAUGAGAGCCUUAAUUGCACAUCAUAGUGAAUCAAGCCCUGUGAACCUCGUGAACGCUGCAGAGACAUCACCAAGAGAGGCGUCAGCAAGACCUGCAUACAGGGCACCACCAUCUGUCUAUGCUGCCGAUGUAUUGCCCGAUGAUUUCGGCGUUGCACGGGUAAAAUGGGCGCGGUGA